CGGAGCUGCAUAAGCCCCUGCUACCCCCACUGUAUCCAAUCACAGCGGCUAAGAUAGGCAGUUGCUCCUGAUGGCAUGGAAACAAGGGAAGAAAAUCAAGGUCAAAAUUUCUACACGUGACUAAGUAACUAUUGGGUAUCGAUGUUACAUAACCAAACAUGAAGAGAAAGUGAGUUUUGGGACAAUCUAUCAAAUGUUUCGCGGUUUUAAUGCUGAUUUUGCCGUUCAUCAGCGAAGAGCAUCCCGCAGAGGUUGAUUUCAUAUGGCUGAGAUAUUAAGGCAAUACAGAAACGCUGAUGUACGGUGUCUCUGUUCGUCCAGGCGCUAAAAAUAAAGCGCCACUCGUCUGCUCAGUGCGACAUUUGUGCGCAUUGAAGUUUACUUUUCAUAUGAGUUGACGCAGUUGUGCGCCGUCAUUUGCAGCUUUUUUCUUUCCCUUUAUCGUGUUAACUGUUUACAGCUGCACAUAUUGACAAGUACCCAGACGAGCGCCUGAAGUGGGGCAGUAUAAAAACCCCGUGAUGCAAAGCUGGGACUAAAACCUAGUUGACAGUUUUUCACGCUGUAAUGUUUUGCAUAGCAACAGCCCCUCCCCCAUCCGACAGCCAGGGAUCUCCUGCAACUUACCCACUGUCACAAAAAACGUAAACACCCCAAUGAUCAGACUUUAGCCGCAAAAACACUCAAAAUACGGAGCUGCUUUCAUCUCGGCGGCGUUUUUAGUGCACGUGCUGAUUUACACGUGCGCAAACACAGACCAAUGUGUCCAUUUUAAUUUCCUGUGCGCCGCCGAAACGGUUAACUCUUUACCCGGAAAGGGCGAAGUCUGCACAGCAACAAGCGCCAUGAUUGCGUUGCACUGUGCGCCUCAGCAGCUGGAUACCAUGGAGCAGCUAGAAGAGGAACUUACGUGUCCAGUCUGCUGCGGUCUCUUCGAAGACCCUCGGGUUUUGCUGUGCUCACACAGCUUUUGCAAGAAAUGCUUGGAGGGACUCUUGGAGGGGAACCGAGGUCCCGCUUUCAGAACCCCUUUGAAAUGCCCAGCAUGCCGCAAAGAGACCCCUCACAAUGGCGCAAACAGCCUGCAGAUCAACUACUCUCUACGCGGAAUAGUGGAGAAGUACAGCAAAAUAAGGGUUAUGCCUAAGAUGUCUGUUUGUAAACAACACUGCAGCCAGCCUCUAAACAUAUUUUGCGCAACGGACUUAAAACUAAUUUGUGGCUUUUGCGCAACAACAGAUGACCACAAAGGGCAUAAAUUCUGCUCCUUAGAAGAGGCAUAUGAACGAGAGAAGGAGGCGUUUGAAGAGCUGCUUCGUGGGGUGGAGAGCUGGCAGAGCGCAGACAUCCUGUCCUGCCUGGAGACACUACAAGCCAGUAAGAAAAAGGCGCUUCAGUCGGUGACCAAGGACGCAGAAAAGGUAACCGACUAUUUCGACAAACUCAUCAGUGGCCUUGAAUGCAAAAAGAAUGAGAUCCUCUCCGAUUUCGAAACACUGAAGCUGGUGGUGUUGCAAGCAUACGACCCGGAGAUCAGCAAGCUGAGCGCAGCGAUGGAGGAGCACAGACGGGCGCUCAGCAUCGCUGAGUCUUUCAGGAGCGUCUCCGACCCCCUGUGCUUUCUGCAGCAGAUGCAGGAGUUUCGGGAGAAACUGGGGGUCCUUAAGGAGACUCUCCUGCCCUCUCAGAAAGACAUGGACGUCGGUCCACUUGUGCGCAAUUUCGAUGUCAAAAAGUGGGACUCACUGAGGCUCAGAGAAGUGGACAAGAUCUCGGUCCCCCACGAGAAUGGCUCCUACCGAACGGGGGGCUCACGGAUGACAGCGCCGAGAUGGAUCACCUUAUUUCUGAGUUUGUUGCUGCCGACCUGUCUCCUGCUGCAGCUGCACAACCUUGCAGCCUACGUGCCUUCGCAGGUUGAACCAUUUCUCACUACAGUUUCCUCGCACCUCGCUCACACUGGCGUCUACCUGCGGGAAAUGACUGACGUGUGCACAAGUUUAAUGGGUGCAGGUCAGGAUUGUGUGGUGAACCUAAUUGACUCUACUGUCAAUUUUAUUGGCAGUUGUAAGUUGUUUAAUUAUUAGCCUGUGGCAUCUCUGCCACACACUCACAGCUACAAAUGAUCCAUGUCACCCGUGAGGUGCAUUAAACUAGUGACGGAUAUGCACAUGUUUAUUUACUAUGUCUUUUGUUUUUGCCCUUUUUUUUGUGCCAAAUCUAUACCUCAAUGAAGCCAUAGAAUCAAACAGAAUCAAUCCUUUAUCCACUGAGAUUGUAUCCUACAUUUACAUCAGAUAGACACUAAAUCCACAUUUCGAAUCUAUUUUCUCUCUUUUUUAAAAAUACUAAAUGACACAUUUUUUUUUACUUGUCCAUGAUGAUCUUGCAAAAAUAAAACUGAGAAAUGUAA